AUGUCUCCUUCUAGAAUAUUCAAUGCUGCAAUCACUACUUCUUUCAUUUUCUCCCUCAUUGUUCUACUUCCUAGAUCAGGUGGAAGUGUUUUGUGUGAUGAGAGUGAUUUGGAGGAAAGGAAAGUGGUGAUAGGGUCUAAGCCACCUGAAUGUGUAAACAAGUGCAUGAAGUGUAGGCCAUGCAUGGCUACUGUGGUUGUUAAUGAUCAUGAUCAUCAUCAAAGGAAGAAGGGUUUCAAAUUAGAUUCUUCUCAUGAAGAAAAUGAUAGCUAUUAUCUUCUUUCAUGGAAAUGCAGAUGUGUAAUUAAUGGAAAUGGGAAUCAAGUUUUACGCUUCAUAUUGAUUGAUCCAUUAUCUGAUGUUGAUAUUGAUGUUAAUUAG